AAGUUUGCCUCGAGGCUUGAGCUGUGUCUGUCUUUGGGGCGGAGGGCGUCUCUCUCGCUCGCUCUCCGGUUUUUCCCCCGACACGCUCACAAACACAAGCACAGUCCCUCUCUCUCUCUCUUCUGAGUUCGUGUCAUGACUCCCAUUUGACCCCUGCAGCUUGGGUGUGCGUGACGUUAUCCUUAUCACCACCACAACCCCCUCCCCCCUCCAACUCACUCCUCCACCGCCGACGCCGGUCGCCGACACUCCGCCAUGAGAAAGGACGGCUCGCCGGCCACUGCAGCCGGCACCGCCGCCUCCAAGCUCUUCAGCUACUUCGAGACCAGGCCCCUCGUAGCCACAUUGCUCGCCCUCACCCUCGUCCUGCUCCUCUGGAACCUCCCCCCUUACUACCAAAACCUCCUCUCCACCACCACCGCCACCAACCUCCCCUGCUCCGCCUCCGCCGCCCCGUCUUCCCUCUCUCUCGACACAUCUCUCCCUUCCACGACUCCCGCCAAAGUCGCCGCGCUCAAGUACACCACUUCAACGACUGCCCAGAGAUCCGACCCGAACAAGCGGAUCUUCCAGGCCUACGGCAACGCGGCGGCGCUUUUCGUCCUCAUGGGCGCCUACCGCGGCGGCCCGGCGACGUUUGCUGUCGUCGGCCUCGCCUCGAAGCCCCUCCACGUCUUCGGCAAGCCCUGGUACAAGUGCGAGUGGGUCUCCAACAACGGCACGUCGACCCGGGCCAAGGCCUACAAGAUGCUCCCCGACUGGGGCUACGGCCGCGUCUACACCGUCGUCGUCGUCAAUUGCACCUUCUCCGACAACCCCAACGCCGACAACUCCGGCGGCAAGCUCAACCUCUACGCCUACUACGGCUUGUCCCAGCGCAAGUACGAGAAGUUCCCGGCCCUCGAGGAGAGACCCGGAUCCUACAACGAGUCCAAGUACCACCCCCCGUACGACUACGAAUACUUGUACUGCGGGUCGUCGCUGUACGGCAACCUGAGCGCCGACCGGAUUCGGGAGUGGAUGGCCUACCACGCGUGGUUCUUCGGGCCCAAGUCGCACUUCGUGUUCCACGACGCCGGAGGGGUUUCGCCGGCGGUGAGGGCGGCGCUGGAGCCGUGGGUGAGGGCGGGGAGGGCGACUGUGCAGGACAUCAGGGACCAGGCGCAGUUCGACGGCUACUACUACAACCAGUUCUUGGUGGUGAACGACUGCCUCCACCGGCACCGGCACGCCGCGAACUGGACCUUCUUCUUCGACGUCGACGAGUACAUCUACCUGCCGGAUGGGAGUAGCUUGGAGUCCGUGUUGACCGAGUUCGGGAACUACACGCAGUUCACGAUCGAGCAGAACCCAAUGUCGAGCGUGCUCUGCCUCAACGACUCGUCUCAAGACUACUCCAGGGAAUGGGGCUUCGAGAAGCUUCUGUUCCGGGACUCCCGGACCGGGAUCCGGCGGGACAGGAAGUACGCGAUCCAGGCGAAGAACGCGUUCGCGACGGGGGUGCACAUGUCGGAGAACGUCGUCGGCGGGGCGCUGCACAAGACGGAGGACAAGAUCCGGUACUACCACUACCACAACUCCAUCACCGUCCCAGGGGAGCUCUGCCGGGAGCUCCUCCCGGCGUCGGCGAGGCGCAACGUGACGUGGUACGACAAGCGGCCCUUCGUCUACGACGACAGCAUGAAGAGGCUCGCCCCCGUGGUCAAGGAGUUCGAGCGCGGCGCCAUCGGGAACGUCGACACCGCACAGUGGUCCUCCUGAUCGUGACCGGAAAAGCCAUCAACAAAAAGAA